CCACUACGAAAGUACAAUCCCAAAUAUAACAUAUGUUCCAUUUGACCACUUUCUAAAUGGCAUUGUGUUAUAAUAUAUAAUUCAUAUCUCAAACGGCCGCUCCUUAAAGAUUGUCACAGGAAAACUUUGUCAGUGAUUGGUCGGUGAACAGAGCCAAUAAACAUGUUUACAAGGCAACCGAGCGUGUACUCAAUACUGGCGUCAUACCACCAAUUAACACAUUGAGCUGUUAAUAUUCUCCCGUUCUCUAACUACUGAUCACUAUUCUAGAAACUUGCAGCAUGAGGAUGGUUGCGUGGGAAUUUGUUCAGCUAGCUCUCGCCAUCACCAUGACUUACAGCUCAGGUGUACAGUCAUGUCACAUUUUGACAUUUAACCAUCAUGGAAGUUUGGACGGACAAAUGUUCAAUGACACCUUCAUCACUGAACGCAGUGUUUAUGACAAAGCUGCAUGCUUGUGGUGGAGUUUCCAUGAUCUGCAGUGCAACAUGGUACUGCACAAUCCAGCGUCUCAACGUUGCCGGUUGUACUAUUCAUCCGUCAUCACUGGGGGUGAACAAGAGGCAGGCUGGCAGUAUUAUACAGUUGCCUGCAGCGACUUCCGGAUCCUGAAUGCCCUCUCGGUGAUGAGGAACCAGACCCACGAGGAUGUCAGCUGCUCCAACGGAUUCUCCUAUCUACCGACCACGUCAGGCAAAUGUUUCCAUGACAACGUACCAUUAGACAUAGGACGGUGCAUGCAGACCCUCUGGAUUGACCCGGUGCCAGCAUUCAGGACGUCUCUUCCUGCUCCCCUGUCUAGUGGUGCGGAGAUUGUCGUGGAGGCAGCCGCAGAUGGAGUCAACAGCCCUGUAAUGUUUCUGUUGGCCAAGGAUGACGAUAAGGCUGUGUUUUAUCUGACUGUUCGGUGGUCGCCCUAUACCAUCAUCUACAAUACUGCAGGGGCGUCCUUCACAUGGGGAGCUGAAGUGAGGUUUUUCAACCCCGUGCUCACACCAAAAGUGACGUCAGUCCUCUCAAUCAAGAUGACUGAGACUCAGUUUCUGAUAUCCGACGAUGACGACAGUCUGUUCGAUGUUCCCAGAAGGUUACCUCUGCAAGAGGCCGUCUCCCUUUACAUUGACUUCACAGUCAUCAAACGAGUGCAGAUAAACUAUAAAUAAGUAAAAAAUAUACAAUACAAAUAUUAUUUUGAGUUUGAUACAUUUGGCAAUAACAUUAAGCCUUCAUGAAGGAAAACAUUUUUGUGAAAUGUUCUGAUACCCUAGAGACUGGUACUGACAUCAUCAAACAAGUGUAGAUCAAAUAUCCAUAAUCAGGAUAUACAAAUAAUUAAUGUCAAAUUUCCUGAUACGAUAGAUAUUGACUUCGUCAUCAUGAAUUUCAAAUUUCUGACAUGCUGGUAAUUAGUGUUCGAAAUCUUACAAUUGAUAAUUAUUUCAUUACCAACGAGCAAUAAUUAAAGAAGUAUGUUUAUGGUCAGUUUUACAAUGUAUGUGUUAAGGUUGUUAUUGCAGAUAAGUAUAACAUAGUUCUCUGUUGUCUUUUGCUUUAUGUAGAAACUGCGCAAAUUGCAUUUGCAAAUUUAACACGCAAUGUAAAAUAAUGCACCUUGCUAUUUUAAAGUGAGGACAUAAACAUAAAGUUCCCAGAGUCGUCAAGAAAUAUUCAGUCUUGACUUUUCAGUUAGUAAACUGAUUUUUCUGACAAUUAAACACGUUUUCGGGCCCUGACAAAUUCUAAGAUAUGUUCCAUCGUCAAGUGUUUCAAAUACUAAAACAGUUGCUCCAAAAUUGUUCGAGUUUGAUUAUAAGAAAAUGUGAUCGAUUGCUUGGUCAUUUGGUCACUGCGACCAAUCUUUGACUAUUUCAAUUAAUUCGGAAAACCACUGAACACCCAUGGAAAUCAUUUUUGUUACUUUUUGUCAAAUUUCUGACAUGCUAAAAAUAUAAUCAUCAAAUAUCCUUAAUCGACAAGACAAGUUGUGAUAUUUGAUAAAUUCACGACAUUAAUUGAGCUUAAAUAUAGAAGUAAACCAAAUGCCAAAUUGAUGGUACAGGUAUAUUAUGAUGGUCAUGUUCGGGAAUGUUAGCCCUUCGCAAACAUCUCCUCACCAGAACAAGAAUUGAGUGAGUUAAAACUUAAACUCACAUCGGCUGUGUUUCAGGAAUAUGGUAUCUAUAAAAUCCAUACAGUGAUAAGAAACAAAGGGAAGAUAUACAUACGUGGAAACAAACAGUAGCUUCCCCGGUUGGAUUGACACAAUACCUACAGCAACUCUUGUAGAAAUAAUAAUCGAAACAUAUACUGUUCAGUUUCAGCGAUCAGUUCAUAUUCAUUCAAUGUUAAUAUAUAUUUUGCCAUUAACAUCCAAUGGAAUUUGUUUCAGCAGAUAAUCGACACUGAAAUUCAUUGCUAUACAUAAGCAC